AUGACGUCAUUAAUAAGAAGAGAAAUCUCCAAGUACUUAAGGUUGCUAUCAAUACAUAUUACCAGCAGUUUAUUUGACGGCGAAGUGAAUUCAAGCGACUUUCGACUCAUGGAUGAAGGUCAUACAUCUUUUGUGCUCCAUGAUCUCCCGGAUUCAAUAAUAUUACAAAUAUUUUGUACAUUCACGAUCAAAGAACGCCUCCUGUUGCGACGGGUGUGUUGGAGGUGGCACUACCUUCUGAAAGACUACAGUGUGUGGAAGAGUAUAGAUCUUAGUGAGGAUAGCUUCUUAUCGAGCAAGGUCAAUAACAAUAUCCUAGAAGGUUGGAUCACAGCCUGGGGUAAGACUAUUCAGCAAAUAGACGUAAGCGACUGCCGGUGGCUCACAGAUGUCGUUGUUCAAAAAGUCGCGCAAAAUUGCGCAGAUCUCCGAGAUUUAAACGUGGAAGGCUGCUUUCAAGUAUCCGACGCAGGAAUGAACGCGAUAGCCUCAAACUGCAUGCGCCUAAAAAGGCUAAACGUUUUUCUUAGCGGAGUGUCAGAACAAGGUUUUGACAGACUGUUAAAGCAGUGCCCAAACUUGGAAAAUGUUAAGUUAGGGACCAUUGAUCUUACAUGGUGCUGUUUUAUCACUGAUGACGCAUUAUUUGCCCUCCCGUUUUGCUGUCCAAAUCUCAAGUCUUUCACUGUUCGGGAAUGCCAUCAGAUUUCAGACCGCGGAGUCCGUGCCGUGUUCCAAAUUUGUCAUUUAACCCUGUCAAAAGUGCACCUGGAACGUCUAUACAGCAUCACAGACGUUCUUACACUCUCACCGGAAGACCUAAAACCUUUUCCUAAUCUCUCGUUCCUUAAAAUGAUCGAUACAUCUAUUUCCGACGUCGGCGUUGCGAAGAUUGCCGAGAAAAGCCCAAACUUACAAACUCUCAUUGUCGGAGAGCACUGUUUUAAUCCAUACAACAUUCAUGGCGGUUUCAUUCCCACCAUCGCAGAAACUUGUCAAAAGUUGAGACGAUUCAAAUUAUAUUCAGGAAGAAUGAAGGACAAUUAUUUGACUGCUAUUGCCGAAAACAUACCUUUUAUAACCGAUCUCUAUCUCGGCGACUGUCGUGACUGUACAGCACAAGGUUUAAAUAGCAUAAUUUUGCGCUGCCGCUGGUUGCAAAUAUUGCACAUUCUUAACUGUUCCCAUGUAACCAAUAAGACAUUAGUUCUUAUAUCGCGGAACUUGACGGAUCUCAAGGAGUUAGAGAUUCUAAAUUGUAGGAGUAUCACCACUCAAGAUGUCUUAGAACUCAAACGAAAGUUACCACAGUGCGACGUCCGGUAUUAA